UGUCAUGCAUUCUGCGCCAUCCCAAUAGAGAUAGAGGCUUAAACGUCACUUUGUGACAAUUACUGUGAACGUAGGUGUGUUUCUUGUCCGAGUUGUUUGGUGUACUGUUUUCGCGAGAAACGCAAGAGUUGACUAACUGUUGUAGCUGAAAUAAGGCGGAGAAAUUGAUGAGGAUUAUAAUGAAUCAGGAGCCCCUUGGGGUGGCUUCGGAUAUAGUACUUCCACAUCAGCUCACUAGAUGGAGCAGCACUCAACCAACACACUUCCCAACCGACUAUUCUUCCUCAGGUGAACAACCAGCUCAUAACAGGCCCCCUUUCGUAUUUGACCCCCAAAUCAAUCAAAAAAUAAUUUUAUGGAAUGGCGACAUUUCUGCUCUGCAAGUGGAUGCAAUAGUCAAUUCUACAAAUGAGUCCAUGACAGAGAGUAAUCCUAUCAGCGACAGAAUAUUUCAAAGAGCUGGAUCUGAACUGAAAGAAGAGAUCAAUUUAGACAUACGUGAAUGUAAGACUGGGGAAGCCAUUGUAACCCAAGGACAUGCACUGCCAGCUAGGUACAUAAUCCAUACGGUGGGACCCAAGUACAACAUUAAAUAUCAAUCAGCAUCGGAAAAUACGUUACAUUACUGUUACAGGAAUGUACUACAGAAAACAAAAGAACUCGGCCUCCACUCAUUAGCUCUCUGCGUAAUCAAUUCAGUAAGAAGAAAUUAUCCACCUAACGAAGGGGCUCAUAUUGCUUUACGUACAGUUCGACGUUUCCUUGAACGCUACGGAAAUUCAAUAGAUACCCUCAUAUUCGUGGUGGACAACGCCGAUCUAGGAAUAUACGAGGUACUGCUCCCACUUUACUUCCCCCGAUCCAAGAUGGAGGAAGAAGCAUCGAGAUGGCAGCUUCCAGCUGACCUCGGCGGUGAAGAUGGAGAACCAUUGUUGCCUGAUAGACAAAUCAGAAUUAUUGACAAUCCACAACACACCUUACAUCCUGAUGAGGAAUCGAUUGAUCUCGGAACUCAGCUAGAGACUACCAUCAAUAUCGAACAUGCAUUCAGUCAAAUGCAGGGAGAUUUGGAUCAGCAGCGUCUUCUUGGAGAGCGUACACUGAACGACCCUUUGGCGGACAUCAUGGUCAAAGAGAUCCAGCAUCAAGAACGUUAUGAACGUCUAUUACGUCGAGCAAAGGCAGAGGACUUGACGGAAGUAUCAGGAAUAGGAUGUUUGUAUCAGAGUGGAGUUGACAGGCUAGGCAGGCCGGUUGUUGUGUUUGUCGGGAAAUGGUUUCCGUUCAACAAAAUCAAUUUAGAUAAGGCUCUACUGUACCUGAUCACUCUUCUGGACCCAAUUGUCAGAGGAGAUUACGUGAUAGCCUACUUCCAUACAUUGACGUCGAACAACAAUUAUCCCUCUUUCUCUUGGCUCAAAGAGGUGUACAAUGUGCUACCUUAUAAAUACAAGAAAAACCUCAAAGCAUUUUACAUCGUUCAUCCAACGUUUUGGACAAAGAUGAUGACCUGGUGGUUCACCACCUUCAUGGCUCCAGCUAUAAAACAGAAAGUCCACAGUUUGCCAGGAGUGGAAUACCUUUAUGCAGUCAUGUCACCUGAUCAACUUGAAAUUCCAGCUUUUAUUACAGAAUAUGAUAUGACUAUAAACGGCCUGAGAUAUUUUCAGCCUAGUCUGACAACAUAACAGAUAGUGACGCCCACCUCGGUCUAACACCAAAAGAAGGGGGAUUAUCCUGGGAUCAGCGCUCCAAAACACGUAACCACUUCGUCGUCGCAAUAUUUUUGAUUAGUAUUAAGUUGUGCUGUGCCAACUGAGAUGGGAAAGUGACGAAAAAAAAUGCUUUCCGAGGCCCUAAAGUGGUCGCCAAUGUUGUCGGACAUCAGUGAAGUCGACGUAAAAUGAAAACAAUAUUAGGAAUUUCGUUUCUGUUCUAGGAAUUCAUUAAUUUUAAGGCUGUGCAAACUGUAAUCACCUGUUUUCAUAGUUGGUAGUAUCGAGUGCUAUUUUGAAAGUAUGUUCGGUUGACACUCAAUCUUUUAAUCGAUUUUAUACCCUCUGCGAUUAGUUUCGGUGGAUUGAACUCUGGAAUUCCGCGAAGUUGAAGAAGCUGAGUCUGAGGACCAAAUGUCGAUCCAGCAAAAUGUCUUGAGUAUCAGGCUCCAAUUAUUUUUUAUGAGUACGGAAACGAAUUAUCUCUAACCAAAUUAUAAUAUUUUUUUUAUUUCAGAAAAAAAUAAGGUUCUAGCUAAGACUAAUAUAUUAGAGAUGAAGGAUCUCGUAACUUAAUUCGCAUCUUUGUUACUUUAGUGUCAGAGUAUUUAACAUUAAUUCGGAAAAAAAAUCGUAUAGAAAACCUGUUUCAGUCACCGAAAAAAUACGACUGAGAGCGCUCCAAUUCUUAUGACAAAAUUUCCUGAAAUAUUGAGAUCAAAUUAUAUAUAUGAUAUUGUCAAUUUAUCACUCAUGAAUUCAAGGAAUCAUACAGAUUUUUGGACAUGUCUUUUAUUGCUUCCUAUUGAGAAUUCGACUGAUUUAAUUGAUCGUUGUUAGUUAUAUUGGACACCUGAAAAUUUUUACGAUUUUGAAUAUCUUCUUCCUGUAUAGCAGCCGAUCAUGACGGUGUACCUUCCGAAAUUGAAUCGGUUUGUGGUAUUAUAGUUAUUAACUUUACCAUAAUCCUACCGAAACAGUUUCUAAAGGUACAUUCAGUCUAUAAAUUGAGCUGCAAAAAGCAAUAAUCUCCAUGUUGAAAAAACUCUUUUUAUUCUUGCAACUGUUAAUAUUGUAUUUUUAAGUCUUAUGUAACCAUUUUCGACUUAUAUUACGUUUUAAAUAUUUUCAUAUGUGCCAAGACAGUUCGUACCUUUUUAAUUAAUAUUUCCUUUCGUGAUUUUUCCCACUUUUUUCUUCCAAAAGUGAAACAUAUCCUAAUAAUUCCUCAUUCAGUUCAGACUGUAGAAAUAUUCCAUUCGAAUUAAAGAUUUUCCCUCUACGGUGGACGAAAUCAGUGAAUUUUUGGCCGUUUCCAAAAUGAAACGAGUCCUACCGAAUGGAUCUGAUGAAUGUGUUGAAAUUAUGUAAAAAUUACUCUUUCAGAAAUUUGAAAUAACUCAUCGCACUAAAACGUAAUUUCUGCACUUUUAAUUUCUCGUAACUAAAUUUCUCUAUAGUUAUUACUAUAUAUGAUUAUAUUCAUGCUCAAAAUAUAACAUCAAGAAAUUGUUGAAUAAUAGUGUCUUGGAGAAGAAUAUAUUCUGAAUUUGUGCAGUGUUGGUUAUUAUUUUUUCAAAUGAUAUAUUGUUGUAAUUGUUGAAGAAAUUACUAAAAAAUUUGUUAGAAGUGAUACCAUAUGGAUGCUUCAAAGAAAUACUGUUGACGUAAGAUUUACAAUCACAGAGCUUGCAUUUCUGUUAUGACAAAGAUCCAGAUUAUAAAUAAAAUUUUAAAAACGAA